AUGUCGUUCUUUUUCUGUCUUCUUCUUCUUCUUCUUCUUCUUCUUCUUCUUCUUCUUCUUCUUCUUCUUCUUCUUCUUCUUCUAUUCUGUCCCAUUGGCAUACUUCGCAUUCUCCCUUUUUGCUUCCUCUUACUUCAUCUUUCUUUCCAUCUACGUUUUAUUCUAUUUUCUUCUUCUUCUUCUUCUUCUUCUUCUUCUUCUUCUUCUUUCAAUUCUUUCUUUCUGGUACAUUCUUACGUAAUCCUUUUUUCUAUUACUCACUCCACCCCCACCCCUUAUUUCUCCUCCUUCUUCUUUCCCUCUUUCUCUCUUUCACACACACAUAACCAUACACGUUUACUGCUCCUUAUACUUCAACCCCCGUCUCUCUCUCUCUCUCUCUCUCUCUAUCUAUCUAUCUAUCUAUCUAUCUUUCAAUGCUGUCUUCUCAUUUCUUAUCUAUUUAUAGACAAGCUUUUGCUCUUUGAUGCCCGUUUUGUCCUUUUACCGCUACUUUAUCGUUCUCAACUUCUUUUCUCAUUCGCUUUCUCCCUCACUUCUUUCUUGCUUUUUCUUUCCUUGACCUUCUCUUUCGCACUUCUACUUCCAGUUUCUUUCUCUCUAUUGUGUUCUCUUUUUUUGUCGCUUUUUCUUUCUUUUAAUUUCUCCGUCUUACAUUCUUUUUUGUCUCACUCCCCUGCUUUCUUUUACUCUCCUCUUCUCUCGUUCUCUUUACCGUCUUUCCUCUCUUCUCACGUCACCAUCAUAUCUUGCUUUCUCUCUCUCUCUCUCUCUCUCUCUCUCUCUCUCUCUCUCUCAGACAUUCGCUCUUUCAUUCAAUUAUGCUCACUCACUAUCUCUCUCUUUCUGUCUCUCUCUCUCUUUCUCUCUCUCUCCUUCUCCCUCACAGGCAUUCAUUCUCUCAUUCAAUUGGACUCAUUGUCUCUCGCUGUCUCUCUCUCUUUUCUCUCUCUCUCUCUUUCUUUCUGGCAUUCACUCUCGCAUACAACUGGCCUCACUCAUUAUCUCUCACUUUCUUUCUCUCCCUCUCUAUCGCUCAAAUAUUCACUCUCUUAUUCAAUUGUGUUCACUCAUUAUCUUUCACUUUCUCUCUGUCUCUCUGUUUCUCACUCAGACAUUCACUCUCUCAUUCAAUUAUGCUCAAUCUCUCUCUCUCUCUCUCUCUCUCUCUAUCUCUAUCUCUCUCUCUGA